AUGUUAUAUUCGAGUACAAUAAAUCAAAAUGGAACAACAGAUGCGUACACUCCCAGUAGUGAUGAAUUCUUAUCUGGGGGUGGUAUGAGUGCUUUUGUGGUCAGCGCGGAUGAGCAAAGCCAGACCAAUGUAACACCCGGUAUCAGUGUGGACGAUGUGUUCUCUUGCGCUGUGAUUCAAGAUGCACUGGAGGCGGAAGAACGUACGCAACUAAUUCAAUCGCGCACAAGAGCGCAAAUUGAAUCACUGUUACAAUUCUCACUAGGCUCCAAAGUGGAUCAAUUCGUCGGGGUUGGUUGUACUGGGGAUAGUGAUGCUCGGUGGGAGUUGCAUAAUGAACUAGCCAUAUUGGAAGAUGCCAAAAUUGUGAUAAACCGACAAAUUGAAGAAGUGAAGCGGCACUAUGCUCGAAUAAUGCAAGGUAAACUAUCCCUUCCCAUUGUGGACAAGACAAACCCCAUCACGACUGAACAUGACGUGCGAGGAUCUGACGCAUGUUUGGGAGGUGUGAUAAACUGUACAAAAGAAAGAAGCUAUUCAUUAGAUGAUUUACGAUCUAGUGAGUUUUGA